CUCUCUCUCUCUCUCUCUCUCUCUCUCUCUCUCUCUCUCUCUCUCAUAUCAAUGGAGGUAGACCGUGAGACGCCGGAUCGGAAGCUAACCCGGUCGGGGAACGGGCUUUUGUUCGAGAAAACGCCACCUCAGGCACUACAAACUGCUCAGAAAUCGCCAAUUUUCGGAGAAGGUGGCCAAAAGAAUAGUGAGCCACAUCAAAUCAGCGGCCCCAAGGCAUUCAGUUUCUCUGAAAGAUAUAUGAGCCCAACGGAUCAGAUUGUUUCUCCAAUUACCAAAGGCCUUCUUGCAAGAAACAGAAAGGGUGGCCCGCUCUUGCCACCAUCAAAAACCCCACCAAAGAAUCUGGAUUUGAGUUUGUAAGAUUCAGAUUAUUUUCGAAUCUAAUAAGGACAUUGAUGGGGUAGAAAGAGGAACAGAUGGAACCCGCGAUGUUGAUGUAUGUUUUUUGUAUUUUUAUCUAGUCUUGAAAUUUCAUUCAUGGGUAUCUCAUUUGCUAAUGAUAUUUGUAGUUCUUGAAAAGUUAUUUACUAAUGAUAUCUGCAAUGGAAUUGGGUCAUGGACACUUCCCUGUGGUGACUAUUAGGAGAGUUCCAAAAUGUCUAGGUGUGUUUGGAUGCAUUACUGAAGUGAAUUUGUAACAACUAGUUUUGUAUUUCUAUAAAGUCUUGAAAUUUCAAUCAUGGGUAUCUCAUUUGCUAAUGAUAUUUGUAGUUCUUGAAAAGUUAUUUACUAUAAUGAUAUCUGCAAUGGAAUUGGGUCA